GCCCUCGCUCUGCCAGGCUGCUGAUUGGCUGAGACACGUCCCGCCUCCUGCCAUCCUGAGGGUCGGGGGCAGAGGGAAGUGUCUCCUGGUGGGCAGGGAGACCUACCAGCGUGCCUUGCCAGCCCAGGACUGCCCCCUCCCAGCCCCGUCAGAGUCCUGGGCCUGAGAAGCUCUGUCUCCCACGGGAGGCAGUGGCCUCGCCCUUUCUCUGCCUCCAGCACCCAGGGCUGCUGCAGAUAGCAGUGUCUCUGGGGACAGCAGCUACGACUGAGUCCACAGGCCGACAUUGAGCCGCUCAGGCCGAGGCGGUGCGCUCAGCACAGAGCCCCUGGAACAGGCAUCUGCAGGUCGUGAGAGAUGGUCUGUGAUCUGGCUUUUGAAGUACGAAUAGAAGUUUGUCACCUGAACACAGUACAAAGGAGAUUCCGGGGAAAAUGAAAGCAUAUGAAAGAUAGACACUGUAUGAUACGCAGGUGCACAUAGGUGACUGGCAAGCAGUUCGAGAUGAUGCCAGGAGGCACCUUGCACCCGCUGCCCUUCAUGUUCCUGCUUUCCUGCCACUGGUUCACUGGAAAUAAUAGCUGAGGCCGCCGCGAUGCCGCACUUCCUGGACUGGUUCGUGCCCGUGUACCUGGUCAUCUCCGUGCUCAUCCUGGUGGGCUUCGGCGCCUGCAUCUACUACUUCGAGCCUGGCCUGCAGGAGGCGCACAAGUGGCGCAUGCAGCGCCCCCUGGUGGACCGUGACCUCCGCAAGACCCUGAUGGUCCGCGACAACUUGGCCUUCGGAGGCCCAGAGGUCUGAGCUGACCCGCGCCGGGCACCGGGUGCCCUCCCCCGCCUCGCCCAGCCUGGAGACCCUGAGGCAGAGAGAGGACAACGUCUGCUCCUCCGGGCCACCCCUCUGGAGCUGGGCCCUCCCAGCAGAAGCUUCUGGGUGCCCCGGGUGGACACUGGCUGCACCUGGUGAGAUAGGGGCACCUGGGUGUCUUGAGGUGUCACUGCUGCUGGCCCGGGGCUUGCUUUCCACCUCAAGCCAGUUCUCUCCACACCUGCCCUCCCCAGCUCUGGGUUUAUCCCCCGCUGGCCUCCAGUGCCUUUGUGCUGCCCAGCACUCUCGCCCCUCACCUGGAGUCAGGCACCGCUGCCCCUGCCUGUCCUAAGUGUCUAGAUUCCCACUUCCCCACUGAAUCCCCGGUGACACUCAACGGCCCGCUCCACCCGAGGAGGCAACCUCCCUGCAGCCUCACAUGGCAGGCUUCAAAGCUGACCCAAGGGAAAGGCCCCAUUUGGAGGGGUGUCUGCUCCUUCCAGUUCAGCCCCACCCCUUUGGACUCAGACUUGGCAAUGGUGAGCGUGUGUGACAGGGUGUGCAGAGGGGUGAGACCACAGAGGAUGGAGGGGUGUGUGUGUGUGUGUAUGUGUAAGAGGGAGAGCGGGGGCCCCAAGCAGGGCAGGAGGUGGCGGGGACAGGGCGAGCCUGUGAUAGGCUGCCCACAGCGGUUCUCACCUCCCUCCCUGUGCCAGGCUUCCCUACUCUCUCCUUCCCCAAGGUCCCUGCCCUGUACUGCAGCCCCCAGCACCAUCCCCCUGCCCACCCAACCCCACCAGGGAGCCCUCCUCCUUUGUGGAACACUGUUGCCUCAUUUGGGAUGUCGAGUAGCAGCCUGUCUCACUCUCCUCCUCUGGGGCUUCCCUCUUAGUUUUUUUGCAAUAAUAAAGACUUCAUGACUAUUUCUGCA